CCCGACCCCAAGGCUUGGUCGCUUCGGGCUGCAGGCUGAGGGAGGAAGAGAGGAAGGGAGGGAGGGGCCGAGCGCUGAAGAUUGAAGUUGCCCCCAGGCCGGGAUCAACCGGAGCCCCAGUUCCACCUCAAACCUGAUCCUUUCCAGAGCAGGAGGAAACCUGGUUAGAAGAGGAAGAAGACACACAAGAGGAGCUGGUGGCCUACAACUGGCGUUUUCCACCCUCCAACUUAAUGGCCAGGCCUACUACCUCUGGUGCCUUCAAGGCCAACAAGGAGGGGGAGGUGGGAAAGUUUCGAUUUGCCAUUGAUCGGGGUGGCACCUUUACAGAUGUCUUUGCACAAUGCCCUGGGGGCCGGGUAAGGGUGCUCAAGCUGCUGUCUGAGGACCCAGCCAACUACCAAGAUGCCCCAACUGAGGGCAUCCGUCGAAUCCUGGAGCAGGAGUGCUCUAUGACAUUGCCCAGGGAAAUGCCUCUGGACACCAGCCGCAUUGCCUGGAUCCGCAUGGGCACAACUGUGGCCACCAAUGCACUCUUGGAGCGACACGGAGAGCGCAUGGCCCUAUUGGUCACCCAGGGCUUCAAAGACCUACUGCACAUUGGGAACCAGGCCCGAAAGGACCUCUUUGACUUGACAGUGCCAAUGCCUCAGGUCCUGUAUGAGGAGGUGGUGGAGGUGGAUGAGCGGGUGGUGCUGUAUCAGCCAGGGGAGCCAGGGGCUGGGACCCCCAUACAAGGCACUACAGGGGACUUUCUAGAGGUGAAGCGACCUGUGGACCUAGAAAGCUUACGGGGAAAGCUGAAGGACCUACUGGCCUGGGGCAUCCGGAGCCUGGCUGUGGUGUUCAUGCACUCAUACAUGUGGGCACAACAUGAGCAGCAAGUGGGUGCACUGGCACGGGAGCUGGGCUUUGAUCACGUGUCCUUGUCAUCGGAUGUGAUGCCCAUGGUGAGGAUCGUUCCCCGAGGGCACACAGCAUGUGCCGAUGCCUACCUGACUCCUACCAUCCAACGUUACCUGAAGGGCUUCAGCAAGGGCUUCCAGGGGAACCUGAAAGAUGUACAGGUGCUCUUCAUGCGUUCAGAUGGGGGACUGGUGCCCAUGAAAAACUUUAGUGGCUCCAGGGCUGUGCUCUCAGGCCCUGCAGGUGGUGUUGUUGGCUAUGCAGUUGCUACCUACUCUGCUGAGGGAGGACAUCCGGUCAUUGGCUUUGAUAUGGGCGGUACCUCCACAGAUGUCAGUCGGUAUGCCGGUGACUAUGAGCAUGUGUUUGAGGCCAGCACUGCUGGCAUCACCAUUCAGGCCCCACAGCUGGACAUCAACACCGUGGCUGCUGGAGGAGGCUCCAGACUCUUCUUCAGGUCUGGCCUAUUUGUGGUGGGUCCUGAGUCAGCUGGUGCUCAUCCUGGUCCUGCUUGCUAUAGGAAAGGAGGACCAUUGACAGUGACUGAUGCCAACUUGGUCCUGGGUCGCCUGCUUCCCUCUUCCUUUCCUUGCAUCUUUGGUCCUAAUGAGGACCAGCCACUCUCCAAAGAGGCUUCCAAGAAGGCCCUAGAUGCUGUGACAGCUGAGGUCAAAACUUUUAUGGCUCAAGGAUCCUAUGGGGGUGAUGUGAUGAUGCCUGAAGAAGUGGCCAUGGGUUUUAUACGAGUGGCCAAUGAGGCCAUGUGCCGGCCCAUUCGUGCCCUUACCCAGGCUCGAGGUCAUGAUCCAUCAGUCCAUGUACUGGCAUGCUUCGGGGGUGCAGGGGGACAGCAUGCCUGUGCCAUUGCACGUUCCUUGGGCAUGGACACUGUCCACAUACACAGGCACAGCGGGCUACUCUCAGCACUGGGGCUGGCCCUGGCAGAUGUUGUACAUGAGGCUCAAGAGCCUUGUUCCCUGUUCUACAUCCCUGAAAACUUCCCGCAGAUUGACCAGCGUCUCAGGUUCCUGGACAAGCAAUGUGUGGAGGCCCUGCAGGCCCAGGGCUUCCCCAGAUCCCAGAUCCAGACUGAGAAGUUUUUGCAUCUUCGCUACCAAAGAACAGACUGUGCUCUCAUGGUUUCUUCCCGUCGACACCCUCCCACUUCUUAUUCUCCUCAGGAAGGGGACUUUGGGGCAGCUUUCAUAGAGAGGUACUGGAAAGAGUUUGGCUUCCUCAUCCCAGACCGGCCUGUCCUUGUGGAUGAUGUGCGAGUACGAGGGAUAGGCUGCAGUGGCCUGAAGCUGGACUACCCUGUCCAGGCCCAGAAUGGACCUCCUCGUGUUGACUCGGUCACCCAGUGCUACUUCGAAGGAGGGUACCAGCAAACUCCUGUGUACCAGCUGGGAGAGCUGGGCCAGGGACACAGACUCCCAGGACCAUGUCUCAUCAUUGACAGCAACAGUACAAUCUUGGUGGAACCAGGAUGCUAUGCUGAGGUGACCAAAACGGGCGAUAUCCGAAUCACCGUGGGAGCACAGUCCCUUACUUCUGUCAGCUCCCGUCUUGACCCCAUCCAACUGUCCAUCUUCUCCCAUCGUUUCAUGAGCAUUGCUGAGCAGAUGGGGCGCAUCCUGCAGCGUACAGCCAUCUCCACAAACAUCAAAGAACGAUUGGACUUUUCCUGUGCUCUCUUUGGACCUGAUGGGGGCCUGGUCUCCAAUGCACCUCAUAUCCCUGUGCAUCUUGGUGCCAUGCAAGAAACUGUGCAGUUUCAGAUCCAUCAUUUGGGCGAGAACCUACAUCCUGGGGAUGUAAUUCUGAGUAACCACCCAAGAGCAGGGGGCAGCCACCUGCCAGACCUCACAGUCAUCACUCCGGUGUUUUGGCCCGGUCAGCCCCGUCCUGUGUUCUUUGUGGCAAGUCGAGGGCAUCAUGCUGACAUAGGAGGCAUUACACCAGGCUCCAUGCCACCACACUCAACGAUGCUGCAACAAGAAGGGGCCAUUUUUGUGUCCUUCAAGCUGGUGGAGAAGGGUGUCUUCCAGGAGGAGGCUGUGGCAGAAAUCCUGAGGGCUCCUGGAAAGAUUCCUGGCUGCAGUGGUACCCGAAAUCUCCAUGACAACCUGUCCGACCUCCGGGCUCAGGUGGCAGCCAAUCAGAAGGGCAUCCAGCUGGUAGGGGAGCUGAUUGAUCAAUAUGGACUAGAUGUGGUACAGGCCUACAUGGCCUACAUCCAGGCUAAUGCAGAGCUGGCUGUUCGGGACAUGCUCCGUGCCUUUGGGAAUGGCCGGGAGGCACAAGGGCUGCCCCUGCAGGUGAGGGCAGAAGAUCACAUGGAUGAUGGCUCCCCAAUCUGCCUCCUAGUGAAGAUCAAUCCAGUAAAGGGCAGUGCCAUCUUUGACUUUAGUGGCACAGGCCCAGAGGUGUUUGGCAACCUGAAUGCUCCCCGGGCCAUCACAUUGUCAGCUCUCAUCUAUUGCUUGCGCUGCCUGGUGGGCCAGGACAUCCCUCUGAAUCAGGGCUGUCUGACUCCGGUUGAUGUGGUGAUCCCUCCAGGCUCCAUCCUGGAUCCAUCUCUAGACGCAGCUGUGGUUGGAGGCAAUGUGCUGACCUCCCAGCGCAUAGUGGAUGUCAUACUGGCUGCCUUUGGAGCCUGUGCUGCUUCUCAGGGCUGCAUGAACAAUGUGACCCUAGGGAAUGACCACGUGGGCUACUAUGAGACAGUGGCAGGGGGUGCAGGGGCAGGGCCAGGCUGGCAUGGGCGCAGUGGAGUCCACAGCCACAUGACCAACACCCGCAUCACUGACCCUGAGAUCCUGGAGAGUCGGUAUCCUGUGAUUCUUCGUCGGUUUGAGCUACGGGAGGGCUCUGGAGGGAAGGGCCGCUUCCGAGGAGGGGAUGGUGUGGUACGAGAAUUGCUUUUCCGAGAAGAAGCCACGCUGUCUGUCCUGACUGAGCGACGAGCUUUCCAGCCCUAUGGGCUCCAUGGGGGAGAAGCUGGAGCCUCUGGACUCAAUCUACUAAUCCGCAAAGAUGGACGGACCAUCAGCUUGGGGGGGAAAACAUCUGUGACUGUGUUCCCUGGGGAUGUCUUCCGCCUGCAGACACCCGGUGGAGGCGGAUACGGGGACCCUAAGGAGCCAGCCCCUGUCCCUGGCUCCCAAUCCUAUUCUUCCUGCUUUUCUGAACGAGGCAGCAUCUUCGAGUACCGACAGGCACAAGAUUGUUGUGGGAAGGAGGAGGUGAGCACCCAGCUGGGGCAACAAUAAAAAUCCCUGAAGUUGCCCCCAUACCAGAGAGGAGGGGCUGGGGAGGAGCCAAGAUCACA